UUUUUGUGAAUGUUUUGUUUACUUUUUUAAUUAUUAGCUUUAGAACAUCUUUAAAACAAUUCUUCUUUAAAAUGUCUACUUUUCAACCGAGGAAGGCGACGAGUAUAAUACAGGAUGCUGAAAGAGAACUUGAGUUGGCUCAGCUUCAAGUUGGAUCUACUUUGCUUGCUGAGAAGAAACAACCUGGUACUAUUGAUGUUGGACGUGGUCAAAAAGUCGUCACUAAUGUCUAUCUCCUUGAAAUGUCAAAAACAAAAGAUUUAUUUCGUUAUGAGGUGAAUGUUUCUGGAGUUAGACAACGUGAAUCGAAUUUAACUACUCGAUCUUCAUCAGAGUAUUUUUUAAUAUAA